UUACUACGAAAAGGUUGUUGAAUUAAAAUGUAUGUUCAAGUGUUGGAAAAAAUAUGGAUGAUGUAAGAUUCACAUUGGGGGAGAUUUACUGACCAGAGAACGCUUUUCUGGGGCAAACAAUUUAAGAGCUCACCAUGUAGACCCAAAAGAUAAAUUCAGUCAUCUUUCCCCAAUAACCUUUGAAUUAUUUCACUUAUUGAUGAACUUUUUAACUAUGACAUUUAAGAUGCUAUAUUCAAAGGAAAGUUGGGCAGAAUUGGGAACUUUGAAGUCUUUCUAGGAUAGGAUUUCAAGAUCUAAUGUGGGAGAGGAUGUGAAGAACAAGUAUGAUGCAGAUAAAGACUUUUUCAUUUCUGUAGUUGAUAUGCAUAUUGUUGAAUGCAUACUGCAUUAUUUUGGAAUGGAAUCAGUUUCAUCUGAGCCUACUGCACAUGUACCACCUUCCUUUGAUAACUUUGAAGAAAAGCGACAAUGGUUCUUUGAGACAAUUGGAGAUGUAGUUUCUCAGUAUGUUUUAUCUAACAGCAGUACAAAUGAGUGCUGGACAGAAGAGGCGAUAAAAGUUAACGGACAGCCAGUUGUUGUACAACUUACUGAUGGAAGAAAAAUAACAUUAAUGAAAAAGUCAAAAGCACCAAAACAUGACUAUGUAAAAAAUUAUGCACAGAUGAUGCUUGAGCUUGAUCUGCUUUUCAAAGACCUUAUGGAUAUGAUAAAAUUACCAGAGCGAACCCGAGGCAUAAGGCUUUUGAAAGUAGCUAUGCUUUAUUUCAAAAGUCAUAAGAAUUUGUCAAAGUAUGCACUUGACAUACUACGCUUUCUUGUUCAUCAACUCGUUCUUCUGUCUGAGAAGGAAGCAAAUGAAGAAUUUUACAGUCUUUUUGUCAACACAAAUGGUCACUUUAAUGGUCACAUCCCUGCAGACUUAGCUAUGGAACAUCUAGUAAAGAAAGUCAAAGAUCACUUAAAACAUAUGUUUUCCAAUAAAACAGAAAGCAACAUCAUGAAUAGAACAAAAGCUCUGGGUGCCAUUCGAGACAUUGCCGAAAAUUUUGAAAAACAAUCAAAGGUAAUUGUUAGAGCCAAAAAACAUUCUGACAAAUCUGCUGCAGAUGAUGAAAAGAUCAUUUUAAAAGACCUUAGGAAAUUAAAACCAUUUAAAUUUGAGGCUGGCAGGGCACAUGAACAUUUCUCAAAGAUUCCUAGUACUAUAGUGAAUCAGCUUAAUACUAGCCAUUACUGUGAAUGGAUUGAACCUAGGAUACAGAUGUUUGCAACAGAAAUUGGAAACUGAAGAUUUUUAAAGUCACAUACUAAUUAGUUUACUUUAAGGUAGUAUGUGGAAAUGAGAAGAAAAUGACAAAAUUUCUUAAUGUUUUGAAAACAAUGAUAUAAAAGUAAGUGACUUGACAUACUAGAUUUUACUGAUUCUACAUGAACAAAGCAAGAGAACUGAAUGAGUAAAUUUCCAGUUUAAAUUACCAGAAGCCCUCACUUAUAAGCUUAUGGACUAGUUGAACAAAUAUUAUACAGAAUUUUGUAGACUUAUUGUUUAAAAAGAAAACUUUUGAGAUAUUUUGAAAUAAUACACUAUAUCAAUGGGAGCUAAUAAGUUUCAGUCAUAAAGUAAAUGUCAAGAAGAAAAGCCUUUGAAUAUAAGUGGUGUUAUUUUAAGAAGAUAUAAUAUUUUUACCAUUUUUUUUUAAAUUCGGAAUGGGCCUCAAAUUUUCUAGUGACUUAUUGUUUUUUUUUUUAUUUCUCAUUUCAAAUUAUU